AUGGCUGUUGCAUCAAAUCCAGACAAACUGGACUUUAACUCCAUUCCACUCAUUGCCUUAAACUACACUACCAGGCAGAAGUUGUCUUUAUAUUUGAACCCUGAAGCAACGGUGGCUUCCAACUGGACACAUCUUGCUGAAGAAAUGGAUUAUAGCUAUCUAGAGGUAAAGAAUUAUGACAGAUGUUCUAACCCAACCUCCGCACUUCUGGAUGACUGGCAGAAAAGAAAAACACAAGCAACAGUUGGAGAUCUGCUGAACCUACUGCAGAAGAUUGAAAGGAAUGAUAUUCUCACAGAUCUCACUCCUUUAAUAGGACAUCUGCCUGAGCAGUUUGAUGCAUUCAUCUGCUACUGUGCCCAGGAUAUAAGUUUCGUGCAGGAAAUGAUCAUUCGACUGGAGCAGACGGACCAUCAUCUGAAGCUGUGUGUGUUUGAUAGAGACGUCCUCCCCGGCACAUGUCUGUGGUCUAUAACAAGUGAACUUAUAGAAAACAGGUGUAGGAAGAUGGUGGUGAUUAUAUCUGAUGAUUAUCUGGACAGCAGCGAGUGUGAUUUCCAGACAAAAUUUGCUCUCAGCCUUGGACCAGGGGCUCGUGAGAGAAGACUAAUCCCAGUGAAAUACAAAUCCAUGAAGAGACCAUUUCCGAGCAUUCUCCGGUUUAUUACAGUGUGUGAUUACACAAACCCCCACAUACAGGGGUGGUUUUGGGACAGGCUCGCCAAGGCUCUGAAGAAAUGAAUGACAUGGAUCUUGGGCCUUCAAGUGGUUAUGUUACUGCCUCAACAGGGUGAUCUCAGGGAUCCCUCCAUUCCUUGCUUUCCCUACUUCCUCUUCUUGUAAGGACCUUCUUAUCAGGUUAAGUUCUCAAACACA